AUGGCAGAUGAAGGUAUAGCCAAUCUGCCUUCAUAUCUUAUCAAUAGCAUCCCAGUUGCUGAUAUUGUGUGCCCGCCAGAAAUCAAGAUUCAGGUAUCCAACCUUGCCCAGCAGAUCUCUUCCAUCUUAAGCCAUAUGAGCUCGGGAUACUGUCAUGGGAAGGUAAAGAAUACUGAUAACCAAUCUAAUGACUUCUCUCCUGACCAUUUCGGAGCCAGCGUAGCUGCAGCGCCACCACCAUCUAUUCUUUCCCAAUCGGUGGCAACACCUUCCGUCACCCCCGAAUCAAUUGUAAUGGAUUCCAAUCCCAAACCUUCCCCAUCACCAGCGCCAAACCCUAACCCUAACAAGCCACCACCCUCAAAGGAACAAAACCACAGAGACCUAUUGAACCAUGUGGAAGCUUAUCUGGCGAAGCGCGACGGCGUCGACAAGCUUCUCAAGAUUUCUCGUUACGCCACCAAACUCAUCCUCGCCUCUUCGCUCCUCCAAUCCUCCAACAACCCCACCCUCUCCCACCGCCUCAAGUCCUUCGAAUCAAGCGUCGGCCUGAGCCGAAAGGCCUUCCGACUCGGCAAAUUCGUCCAGGACCUAAACGCUCUCCGAGCCUCCCACGCCCACUCCAUCCGCCACCUCCUCUUCUCCCUCCUCGCCUACGGCGGCGAAGGUUUCUACUACUUCGUCGAGCAGUUUGUCUGGCUCACGAAAGCAGGCCUCAUAGAUCCCAAGCACGCGCGCACGUUCCAGAAAGUGAGCGCGUGGGCGGAGUUUGUCGGGUACUUCGGGAGUGUUGCGCUCAAACUCACCGAUUUAAACACGAUUUCCGAGGAGGAGGCGUGUUUGGCGUCGAGCGUGCAGAUCACGCGCUUGAGAGGGGUUGGGUGCGUGGAAGAGGAAGCGCGGCUGUGGAAGUUGAGAGAGAAGAAAACGAUGAAGAGGCUUUCGGUUGUUCAGGAUUUGGCCGAUGCGGUUAUGGCUUUGGACGAUAUUAUGGAUGGGAAUGGCCCGUUUUCGAAACCGGUUCUGAUGGCUUCCGCGGGGCUUUUGUCCGCGCUUAUUAGCACUCACAAGAAUUGGGUCUCUUGCUGA